AUGUCCUCAACAAAUCCAGACCCAACCAACCCAACCCAAAAACCCAAAUUCAACGACGAGCUCGGCCUCUACCUCGCCCUCCGCGAAGCGAAAAUAAGUGAAGCCGAGGGUGGGAUACCAAUCGGUGCCGUCCUAAUCACCCAAGGAGCCCUAAAUUCAAGUGGUAAAGAAUACGAAGACCAUGAAAUCUGUUGUGUAGGGCAUAAUUGUCGAAUUCAACAAGAUAGUGCUAUUUUGCAUGCGGAGAUUGCUGUGCUUGAGGGGGCGGGGAGGAGGAGUGCGGAGUUGUAUAGGCGGUGUACCAUGUAUACAACUUUAAGUCCUUGCGACAUGUGUACCGGCGCCAUCCUCCUCUACCGUAUCCCCCGCGUCGUCAUCGGGGAGAACACGAAUUUCCUUGGUGGAGAAGCUUACCUCAAAUCCCGAGGCGUGGAAGUCGUUGUUAUGGAUAAUAAGGAAUGUAAGAAGUUGAUGGCGAAGUUUAUAAGAGAACAUCCUGAGGAGUGGAAUGAGGACAUUGGCGAACUAUGA